ACAUCCUCCACACUCUUCAACAAUACUCUUCAAGACAACACCACCACACAAAACACAUCACCUCCACCAUCAUCAUCAUGUCCACCGUCCAAGUCAAGGGCAUCAGCUCUCAAACCUCCGAGAAGGAGAUCAAGGACUUCUUCAGCUUCUGCGGCAAGAUCCAGUCCCUCUCCGUCAAACCCGAUGGCUCUUCGCAAUCCGCCAGCGUGACCUUUGAGAAGGAGACCGCCGCUAAGACCGCCCUCCUCCUCGACAACACCCAGCUCGGACCUUCCCAAGUCGAGGUCACCUCCGACUCUUCCUCCACCUCCUCCAACACCUCCACCUCCGGCAAGCCCAUCUCACAAUCCGCCUCCGAGACAGCGCAAUCCGCCGCCGACACCGCCAAGUCCGCCGCCGCCGAUGCCAAAGACAAAGCCACCGACCUCAAAGACGCCGCCGCCAAUGAGAUCGCUCAAGAGGACAAGCCCCGCGCUCGCGUCGCCGCCGAGAUGCUCGCCCACGGCUACGUCAUCUCCGACCAGGCCAUCCAAAAGGCCCUCGCGCUCGACCAGCAACACGGCGUGAGCAAGCAAUUCACCACCGCCCUGCAAAACUUCGACGCCAAAUACCACGUCACCGAGAAAGCCCAGCAGGUCGACCAGAAAUACGACGUCACCGGCAAGGGCAUGCAGGCGUGGGCCGGCUUGACCUCAUACUUUGAAAAGGCGGCCGAGACCCCGACCGGACAGAAGCUCCGUUCGUUCUACGAGCAGGGCUCCAAGCAGGUACUCGACGUCCACAACGAGGCCAAGCACCUCGCGUCCAUGAAGCAGGGCAAGUUCGAGAAGC